UCGCGAGAUCGGGCGCUCUUUACUACAGGGAUAUCGCGAGACUUGGCUAGCCGCUCUUCCUGCUUGGAGGUCAACAUGUCUGAGAAGGAGCUCGGGAGGAAAUGGGACCGCUGCCUGGCUGACGCCGCCGUUAAAUUCGGUGCCGGGCUCGGCCUGGGGAUCGUGUUCUCCGUUGUUUUCUUCAAAAGGAAGACGUGGCCCAUCGUAUUCUCCUCCGGCAUCGGUUUGGGAAUGGCGUACUCCAACUGUCAGAAUGACUUUCAGUCACCGUAUCUCCUGCACGGCAAGUUUGUCAAAGAACAGUGACCUCUGACCGAGGAGAACACAGGAGCCCAGCAAGAGUCCGCGGUUCCUCCAGGCCCCUCGCC